AUGCCUCGCAAGUGGGUAUCUGUCUACACUGGCCCCGAGCCAUUCCGAUACCUCUUUGAUGAGUAUUGCGAGGCCCUCAAGCGUCUGCUCAACGGGCACAGGGUCCUGAUCACCAACCACGAUACCAGCGGACUUCACCUGCACCUUUGCUUUUCGGUAUUCAUUACAAGCCACCAGAAUUUGGAUGCCGUCGACACCGCGGUUGCUAUGAUCGAAUACCUCAUCAAUCCCCGAACCAGAAACCCUCUCGACACCGGCAGCGGUCUGCCUCAUCUGCUCUUCAACGAUAGCCGGUAUCCCAUGCGGCAACUCACCCCCAUUGAAUGGACAGAUCGCCACGUGGACGCUGAUCGUGCGCAGAAUCGGGAUAGGUUUGGCGAGGGUGCAGAUGACUUUGCGUUUCGUCAAGCCCGCCGCAGGGCUACCCGUGAUUUGGUCACUUAUCAUCGAGAUGAGUAUGGGUGUACCUCUGCUGUGCUGAAUGACAACGAAGGGGAGAUUACAAUCACGAAUCAUGACCCUCGCGAUGGGUUCGAGUACAGCGGUAGUUCUUGGCGUUCUAAAGGUCCAGGGCCGUCGUCUGUUGAGGACCAUAAGGACAGGUUCCCGUUGUUGGGUUGGGAUUUGCCGACGGAAGACUGGUGA